GCAUCAAAAUAUCACCAACCCUUCACCACCCUAAACCGUCAGGGCUGCCAUGAGCGAGAACCAGGAGUCACUUCGGUCGUUGUAUGAUUCUGGGGAACGCCUUCGGAAAGAGAUCGAGGAAUCGUACGAUUACAAUAGUCCCGCUUACCAACAGAAAUUGCAGACCGCUAUCCGAACAUACCAGGAAUGCAAGAAACUUGUUGAUCAAAUAUCUCUAUUCAGCACAAAUGAGUCAUUAGAAGACGUUGUGUCAUCAGAGAUAAGAUACAUGCUUAUAGACUAUCACUUCGCCGAUCUCACUUCCAAGCAACAGUCGCCGGAUCGCGCUUCUAUAUUGAAACUGUCCAAGUUCCUAUAUAUGAGAUUUUUAAAUCUAUGCGACGCUUAUGAUCUACUGUCAAAUUAUGAUAGAAGCGUACUUCACCCGGCUGAUCCAGAAGCACCCAAAGCCUCUCCCGCCCCCAUUGACGCAGCAGCAAGGAGGAACGAGAAGAUUGCGAAAUUUAAGCUGGAAAAAGAAUUGAAAACUAAAAUCGAUGCGCUUGCCCAGAAUCCUCACUUAUUGGAUGAAGAUGAGUUACGGAAACUUCAGACUGCAUUAAUGUCAUUGGCAAUAAUGAAGAGCAUUCAACAACUUGAGAUGAUUGAGCUUGAACUUGAUAUUCUUAGCAAAGCUCCCAAGAUCGAAGAAAACCCUGUUACCCGCCUAACCAAAGAUGAGCGAAGUAGAGACCGGGGCUCAAGGGAUGGUUACAACGACAAGUUGGAUAACAUUCCAUCGACUAUCAAAGGCGGACCUCUCCUGUCUCAAGACGGAAAACCGUUGCGCCCCUUUACCCUCUUGGAUAGCCGAGAGCGUCUAAAACAGGGUGUCUUUAAGUCGGGGCAUAAUCUUCCGACUAUGACCAUUGAUGAGUACCUUGAGGAGGAAAGGAAGCGGGGUGGUAUUAUCGAGGGCGGAGGUGAGAAGUCGGGAAUCAGGUCAGAACCUGAUGAAGAUAACCAUGAAAAGGCCGACGAAGAGACUAUGAAAGCAAGGGAAUGGGACGAAUUUAAGGAAGCUAAUCCGAGAGGGUCUGGAAAUACGAUCAACAGGGGUUAAACAUUUAGGCCCUGUUUGGACGUCCAAAAACUCAGUUUUUUUGAAAGUAAAUGUAAAAAUAAACUGUAGUGUGUCUGGCAUGUACGGAAAUACCAUGGUAUUUUUAAACACAGUUCUUUUUUCCUCAGUAUGAUAACUUCAAGUUUGUGGCUCAAUAUUACUUUGUAGCUCAAUUGGUGUAUGGCGUAAUACAACCUUGUAGCUUAACCUCACUUUGAGGCUUAAUCUAAUAUUAUCACUUAA